AUGGCAAAAUAUGACGUGCCGGGUGAAGCUAAACAAAAGAGGCUUAGUACGCUGCUGCAGACAUCAUGUUACUCCUGUCGUUGCCUUCCUCGGAACAAAGACCAGGAUGUCGGUCGCCUCCCGCCUCCUCCCAGCCAGCGAUCUCACGAUGUCCUGGUAAAAACUAAAAAGCCAACAAAAGCGCUGUUAUUGUUUCCCAGAAGAGGGCGAUCCGCAUCCUGUGGCCUGCAGUUUUUGCCCCGGCCGACAGAGGCGGUGACACAUGGGGUGGCGAUCGGUGAGGCUGUGGGGGGCAGCGACGUGGCGCCAUGUGCCUGCCAGAUGAAGGGAGUGGCACCUGUGCCACCGCAGGCUGGCUAA